GAAUGUAAAAUUCACCGUUCAUCCCUAGUGGAUCUUUCUGGACGUUUUCUCGAAACGACGGUACGGUGAUGAAAAGUGGAGUUUCCAGUUUUCAGACUGAUGGCGCGAUAAUGAUCCGCCAUGGCGUCGUCAUACUAGUUUCUCUUUUGUGGUUCGCCACAGCCGAAGCUUCUCCUUGCUCAAUUAAUGGACUACCAAUCGUGAAGAAUAUUAGCGAGCUUCCACAACACAACUACGGGAGGUCAGGUUUAUCUCACACUACAAUUGCAGGUUCAGUCUUGCACGGCAUGAAAGAGAUAGAGGUGUGGCUUCAAACAUUUGCCCCUGGAUCUCGCACACCAAUCCACAGGCACUCAUGUGAAGAAGUUUUUGUCGUCUUGAAGGGUCAAGGCACUCUCUAUCUUGCUCCUAGUUCACAUUCAAAGUACCCAGGAAACCCACAGGAGUUUCAUAUAUUCCCUAAUAGCACCUUUCAUAUCCCUGUUAAUGAUGUUCACCAGGUGUGGAACACUGGUGAACAUGAAGAUCUACAAGUUUUAGUUGUUAUAUCUCGUCCUCCAGUGAAAGUGUUUAUGUACGAUGACUGGUCAAUGCCACACACAGCUUCCAAAUUGAAGUUCCCGUAUUACUGGGAUGAGAAAUGUUAUCAGACAACAACGAGGAAAGACGAGCUUUAGCCAGAAAAGUAGGCUAUGCAGUUACCUACAUUUAGCUAGUGUUUGAUAUGUUUCUGUAUUAUACUGGGGUCUAGCGUAUUUGGGGAACGAGUCAAUGAUUGACUAAUACAAGAGCAAUGUAACCGGUUUCGGGUGGAACUUAUGAGAUGCUUUUACAGGUCUUACAGUCAUACAUAGUACAAAUGUGGUAUCCAGUCACCACAUUAGGAGAACUUUAGUUGUACUCCCUAAGCUACUAAUACAUGAUUUCUUUAAUUGAGAAACAUUAGUACAUG